UGACUACAUAACCGUCAAGGAAACAAACAACAAACUCUCCUUAUACUGCGCUUUAACAGUAUGUGUUAGCGUUGUAUAAAUUAAGUGCUAUUCAACAGUACAUUUUGAGUGUUUUUAUUCAUUUUUCCUUACUCCUUUUUUUAUGUUUCCCGAUAAGGAAUAAACGAAUGUUUGUCUUUUAAAUUUGGCGCUGUUUGCUCCGCCUUAAAUUAGCUUGCUAACCUGUUAGCUUGAAUACCAUGUAACGUCAGCUGAGGCAGUGAAGUACAGUGGUAUCAUCUCCAUGUAUAUAUUUAGUUUGUACACACUUUAAAAAUGGAGGUGACAGAUAUUGGAAACAAAGAGGAGGGAAAAGUCUGGCAUCGUAAACCCACUGUAGGGAGGGGUGUGUUAGUGACAGUGGUUCGCACUGUUCAGCAGGCCAAGGCUGUGCGUUUCCUCCACGUGGCCUUUGACACUACUGGAGAUUCUUUUCUGGCUGGAGAUCACCAUGGCAACAUUUAUGUCUUUGACAUCAGCAGAAACAGAUUUCGCCUGGUACAGAAGACAGGGCAGGCUUGUACUGCGCUGGCAUUCAGUCUUCGCAGGACCACAGAGUUCCUUGUGGCUUUGGCUGACUACACUAUCAAAUGCUUUGACAAAGACACAAAACAGCUGGUCAGUUGGAUGCGAGGUCAUGAAGGAGCGGUUUCAUCCAUCUCUGUUCACAGCUCCGGCCGAUAUGCCAUCACUACCUCCUCAGACACUGCUCAGCUCUGGGACUUGGACACCUUCCAGCGAAAGAGAAAGCUUAACAUCAGACAGUCUGUUGGCAUACAGAGGGUGUUUUUCCUGCCACUUAGCAACACCAUUCUCAGCUGUUUUAGUGAUGACUCCAUCUUUGCGUGGGAGAGCGACACACUUUUCUGCAAAUACCAGCUCCCAGUUCCUGACUGUGGACCCAAGAUCUCUUAUAAGGCGUUUGCUGUCACCCGUGAUGGUAAAAGCCUUGCUGCAGGUGGCCGCUCCAACUUGUUUCACCUGUGGUGUCUGGACAGCCAACAGCUUAUCAGAGUGAUUCAGAUGCCCAGUCAGGUUCGAACUGUCAGACAGCUGGAAUUCUUGCCUGACAGCUUUGAUGGAGGAGCUAGCCAGACAUUAGGUGUCCUAAGUCAGGGUGGUUUUAUCAACAUUCACUCGUGUAAACUACUUUUCCAAAUGGGUUCCCACGAUGAAGCCAUUACCACGGUGGCAGUCAGCCCAAAUGGCCGACAUGUCGUGGCUAUCAUGGAUAAUGGGAGCAUUAAUGUCUACAGCGUCCAGAGUCUUACACAGGAAUUAAAUAAGCCUCCUCCCUCUCAGGUGGCUGUAGUUUCCGGUGGCGAAUCCGAUGAGAACUUUUCUAACCUAAAGAUGAAGGUUAGGUCAGAGGUGGUUCAGAGACCAGCUAAGAGCUCAGGCAGAAGAACACAGGUGAAGAUACUAAGACCACCUGCAGGGUCUUCAGCUGACGAUAAAGAGAAUGAACUACCAGCUGGUCUGAAUAAGAAGAGAUUGGUGGCUCUGCUCAGGGCAUUUGGAGAAUAUCCAGCUAAAUACAGAAUGUUUGUGUGGCGGUCGUUGCUGCAUCUACCAGAGAACCAUGCAGCAUACAGCAGUCUGACUGACAAAGGUCUGCAUUCAGCCUUUCUCACCCUGCAUGAUAAGUACCCCAUCAAAAGUCACAAGCUGCAGAGAGGACUGCAGAGGGUUUUGUCUGCUUUAGCUCACUGGGCAGCCAUAUUUGGGGAAGUGGAAUAUCUCCCUCUGGUAGCCUUUCCUUUCGUCAAGCUCUUCCAGAACAAUCCAAUGCUCUGCUUUGAAGUGGUGGCCACUCUGAUUGUGAACUGGUGUCAACACUGGUUUGAAUAUUUCCCCAACCCUCCUUUGAACAUCCUGAGCAUGGCAGAAAAUGUUCUGGCUCAUCAUGACAAGGAGCUGCUGCAGCACCUUGUGGACUGUGGCAUCACUUCACAGCUUUAUGUGUGGCCCCUGUUGGAAACUUUGUUCUCAGAGGUUUUGACACGUGACGAAUGGCUUCGACUUUUUGACAACGUCUUCUCCAACCACCCAUCAUUCCUGCUCAUGGCCUGUGUUGCCUACAUCAUCUGCUGCCGUGAACCUUUGCUGCAAUGCUCCCAGAAACAAGACUUUGAGUACUUCUUUCAUCAUCGUAAUAACCUUGAUGUUGGAGCCAUGAUAAAGGAGGCUUACAGGCUCAUGGGCAGCACACCAGCUGAUAUCCAUCCCAGGAUGAUGCUGUCUGACUUUACUCCACUCACCAGUGGCCAGUAUCCUGUGUUCAACCAGUAUCCAGAAUUUAUAGUGGAAUACCAAAGCAGGGAGAGGGAGAGAAUCCGAUUACAGGAGAUGGAGUAUCUGCGUGAGAGACAGGAGGUGUCAGCAUUGCGUGCAGAUUUUGUGCAUCGCAAAGCUGAAGAGGAUGCUUAUUUUGUACAACAGGAGUUGCUGCUGACAGCAGAGGAGCAGCGCAGGAACAUCCUGGCCCAAGAAGAGGAAAAGCUAACACAGCAGAGGGCAAAGUUGGCAGCCAUGAAGAGGGAGCUGAAGGUGAAGGAGUUACAGCUGCUAGAUGCAACUAGGAGACGGUUUCUCAAACACCAGCAGCACCUGCGAACCUCACAUAUACAAAGACUAGACCAGGAGAUCAGCAGAAAGAUGGAUCUCCGUGAGCAGGAGACGGCAGCAGCGGUCCAGGAUUUAGAAGUCAGACAGAUGGAAAUGGAAGUUCAAAGGAAACGGCUUGAACAGCACUUGUUGAAAGAGCAGGAGCGCGUUGGACGGGAGGUGGAGGAGGAGGUGCAGGUAAAAAUGAAGGAGGCAGAGAGAGCAGAGGAGAGCUACUCAGAGCUGCUACACAGCGCAGAGACUAACAUGCAGGCUCUGGAGGAGUCCCUGGCAGAGGCAUACCAGUUGGGCUUGGACUGUGACUGGCAGAGAGAGGUGGUGGAGCGCCUGCAGCAGGUGGACGAUGAGCAGGAGAGGAAGAAGGAGAGACUGACGGAGCUUCAAAGGAAAACGGUGACAGAGGAGGAGAGACUGGCUGAUACCAUGAGACAAGUCGCAGGAAGGAAGUGGAGUGAAGUGAUGAGAACCAGAGCCCAGAUAGAGGAGCAGCGACAGCCCUGGUCAGCAGACAUGGAUGGGCAGAGGCAGAUGGGGGUACAAUCACCGGAUCACACUAGAGGCCUUCUUCACAGACCUGCUGUUUCUGUUGGAACCAAAGGUGUGAGUCCAGCAGUCAAAGCCAACUCUGCCACCACGCCGAAGCCAGCAGGGAUCAACAUGGUGUGUCUGAACAGCAGUUCACCUUCAGAAAGCACCUCCACCAACUUCUCUUUGGACCGAGGGCGAGCUCAGCUGGACAGCAGUGAGAGAGAGCUGCUGAAGGAAAUCAGAGAACUGAGACAGAAGCUGGCAGCCAGAGCCAAAGAGGCCAGCUCGUCCUCCUCACAGUCUGUCCACACACUGUCCUCUGUCUCCCAGUGACCACAAGCAGCCUUCUGUUGAUAUACUGCAAGAGAAACAUAUUCUUAUCUCAAGUUUUCUGGAACAUGGUAUAAACAGUGAGUGAGGAGCACAAUGACUUGCUGGUGUCUGCUCAGCACUCCUUUAGUGCUUAUAUACCAUUCUUCCUCCCACCUUCUAUCAGAACUGAUCAAUGUAACUGAAUAUCUUUUUAUGUACAUAAGGAACUAAUGUCUCAUGGAGACCCUUUUCCAUCAAAACAUCACUUUAUCACUUUAUGGUAUGUUAUCUGUGUGAUAGUCACAUGAUUACUCUUGGGUCCAAGUCAACUUGACAUGCAAAGUGGACUUUUUUUAUAAUAAUACUGCAAGCAGGUUCAUUCAAGUCAGUUCUGAUAGCAGUUACUACCAGUGGAUAAACCCAUGAACCAUGCAUACCGUAGAUACUGCAGGUACUUUUCACUAUGCUUAUGUGCAACGCUAAUAUGUUAUGUCUGACUUCAGUGUGCCACACCUGUGUUUUUCCAUUCUGAGCUCCUCGAUUUCCAGUCCUGCAAAGACAGGAGACAAAGAAGAAGCGUUAGUUAGCAUCAUGAACAACACGUCAUGUCUUAACUGAGUCAUUCUGCUAACACUCUGUGGAAACUUCUGCUGUCUCUAAUGCUGACACGUUAACCACAAAAACAAAUAACGUCUUUGUUUUGCUCUCCAACUGUUAUUCAUGGUUGUAAUUUUUUUAGUGAGAGUAUAGGUGCAGUAUUUUAAAUUUUUAUCCCGAUUUUAUUUUUGUUUUAUUUAAAACUUGUUUUGAU